AUGUCUGGCUCACAGAACGACCAGGCCUCGACCAACUACAAGGAAGCCUUCUCUCUGUUCGACAAGCGCGGCAACGGCCGUGUCUCUGCCGAGUCGCUGGGCGACCUGCUGCGCGCGUGUGGCCAGAACCCCACUCUGGCAGAGAUUCGAGAGCUGCAGAAGGGUGUUGGCAGCGACUUUGACUUUGAGUCCUUCCAAAAGAUUCUGAACCGCCCUGGUGGCUUCCGCGAUCCCGGCGAGCCAGAGGAGUACUGUCGGGGAUUCCAAGUUUUCGACAAGGACCUGACGGGGUUUAUUGGUGUGGGACAGCUUCGUUACAUCCUCACCAACCUGGGCGAGAAGAUGACAGAUGAAGAGGUCGACGAGCUCCUGAAGGCGGUUGACACCAGCUCGGGAGAGAUCAACUACACCGAGCUGGUCCGCACGAUUCUGGCCAACUAA